UGGAAAUUACAAACACCAAGUUUAAUUAUUACAGUUACAGGGGGUGGAAAAAGUUUUAAAUUUCCAAAUCCGAAAACAUAUAAUGAUUUUCAACGUGGAUUUGUUGCUGCUGCUGUAACAACGAGCAGAUUUGGAAGAGAUUGUGUUCUCAGCGAUGGAGCUGCAUCGCAAUUUAAACAACGACAUCUAUUUCAAAAGCUGACAAGAAUGAUGACAGAAUAUGUUUUAAAAUUAUCGUGGAAUUUUUUCGCGACGUCCCACGGAAAAGGUGUCGUGGACGACAUUGGAGGUACCGUGAAGUGA